GCGAUAGAGGUAGAUAGAGAAAUGCAAGGAGGAUCAAAGUGAGGUAAGACAAGAAGGUAUAAAAGUUACUCGAGGCCUCAAAGUUCUAAUUCCGAUACUGCUCGCGGCAUAGUAGGCGACGACAGUGCACAUAUAUAGCCGCAGAGCGAAGCGCGUGUGCGUGGAACCGUCGCCGCCGCAAGUCCAAUUCCGAAUGUGAUACAGUGUACUUAUACUUACUCGCGAGCUUCAUAACAUCAUCACACAAACACGUAGGGAAACCGCAACGCAAGACCAAGGAGCUGGCACGAGAGUAGGAGCAGAAUCGUGUAGAGAGCAGAGGGAGAGAGAGAGCGGAUCUCCUCGCCUCGCUAGCUAGCAAGCCAAUUCAGUGUCUGAUUCAGUGCAUUCUAGGCUGUCAAUGCGGCGCCGUCGCUAUUCUUCCUUCCGCACUUGCCUCCUCGUCUGCUAAAUAACGCGUCUCCUCAGAUUUCCUACCUCCUACAGCAGCUACCUGCUGCACCUCGAUGCUCUCUCCGUGUCUGUGUUCGCGGGAGAUCGGUGAGUGUUUUUUGUUUAUCGGCUCGUUGCUGCUGGCGGUCGCGGCGACAAGGCCUCAAGAUGUUGCGGCUACGGCAACUACCACCUGAAAAUUCUCCGUGAAAGUGUUCAGCAGCUCGAAACUAUCUUAUACUCAUAGCUCUCUUGACUCGAACUCCUUUUCUGUCAGAUUUCCCACCCUUUCUAUCGCUCCUCUGUUAGCUCUCUUCUUGUCUCAGUCCACUGUCAUCUACUAUAACACAUACACACCUGCCUCCAACCUCACUCUCGUAGCACUUGAUUUCGCACCUGUGUGAACAUUCUUCGAAUCGACAAUGGUUCGCUUGACUGAGGAGAUGGUCGCCGCUCGGACUCGAGUAUCCGAUUGUUCGGCUGUCAAGAAACUCAAUUGCUGGGGAACAGAAUUGACUGAUGUCAGCAUUUUACGCAAGAUGACAAAUGUUGAAGUCUUGUCGUUGAGUGUAAACAACAUCAAUAGUCUUGCUGAUUUUCAAAAUUGCCUCAAUUUGAAAGAUCUGUUUGUAAGAAGAAAUAAAAUUAGAGACUUAAAUGAAGUUUGCUUUUUGCAAAGACUUCCAAAUUUAAGGAAUUUAUGGCUUGGUGAAAAUCCUUGUGCUGAUGUUGAAGGAUACCGAUUAGCUGUAAUAAAAGCCUUGCCAAAUUUAGAAAAAUUAGAUGAAAAAAUUGUUACUCCUGAAGAAGUUCAAACAGCAAUGCUUCGUGGAAAAGCGCUAGUUCAUCCUUUAUCUACAAUGCAAGAAGAACCUUUAUCCCCACAGUCUGGCCAUGGCAGUCCAGAAGUUGUCAUGGCUAAAUAUUCAGAAGAGCAAGACAUGGAUGAAAGAAGGAACUACAGUUCUUCUGAUGACCAGAGAAGUUAUGAUGAACCUCCAAGUGUAGAUGAUUACCAAGAAACUGAUAAGCGGAAUGCUAAUUACAAUACAUCGCCUGUACAUCAAUAUUCGUCAAAUAACCGAUAUUCAUAUGAGCAAAACGGACGAAUAAAGAAUACAGAUAACAACUUACGUAACAAUAGCUAUGUAGAAAUUUCUGCUGCAUCUAAAAUUCUUGAAAUUCAACAGGACUGUAACGAAAGAACCGCAAUACCAAGACAUAAUGGCGAUUAUGAAAAUCAGCGAAUAUAUACUCCCGUUUCUCCUCGGACGCAAUAUCCACAGGCUGAAUACAUCGAUGAGAGACGGAUAGAGUAUGAAGAGCCUCAGAGACCACAAUCGUCUCAAUCAAAAAGAGGCAUGAUGAAUCAAAGCAUGGAACGGGACGAUUUCAAUCAAAGCACUAGCUGGGCGAGGCGCGGUGAGGACAAGCGGCGAUCGCAGUUUCAAUAUCAGAGGCGGCCAGUGACAAGGAACUCUAACAUACUGUCGGCGGUACUGUGUUUGGUAAAAGAACUGGAUUAUCCAAGUCUCGAGGUGGUAGAGAUGGCAGUGAGGAGUCGCAUCGAAGAACUGGAGGAAUGAUACUUCUGACACCGUCCCGAAUCAAAGAAGGGGACGGUAGUUCAGACUCGUCAGCGAUUAGCGAGUCUUAAGAGGGUUUUGGUACCGAGCACCAGUCCCGAGUACUCGGACUCGCUCGACUCGACCCUCACCUACAGCCACUGUUCGAGCGCCGCAGCAAAUGAAUACAAUCUCAAUCAGACAGUCGGAGGCUUUGAUUCCUCAGCAACCUGUAGUCGCGAGGAUAGCCUCUGCCAUGCCCUGCUCGACAAGUUUCCCAAGGAGUUCGCUAGCCGGCUGAGAGACUCCCUCGUUGAUGCAGUUAAUGAAGAAGGCGAAGCCAACAAAAGUGUGAAUCAAGUCAACAGCAGCAACAGUAUUCCCGUCGUUUCACAUCGACCUGCUACUGCCUGUUCGACGAGCCUCUUCACUCGCUCCUGCAGAGCCCUUAGUCAAGACUGCCUCGGAACAAACGAAAGCUCCGACAUUCGAAGUUCAACCUCUCACUUCAAAUAUAUGCAAUCGGCUAAAGGUACCUGGACCUAUAAUUUUUAGCAACGAUCAUAGCGCUUGGUUGCUUUAUAUUUGUAUCCGCGCCAGCUGCGAAAUAUUUUGUCGACGGUGCUAUGUUGGAUUAAAAAAUUGAGAGCAAAAGAGAGUGAGAGAAGAGAGGGAGAGAGAGAGAGAGAAACAGAGAAACAGGAUAGAGCUUAAAAAAGAUCCAUCUUGUAGCAUUUUUUGAAAUAUGGAUAUUGGAGACUGACACUACAGUCACCUAAACAAUGACUUUUAUAGCUUUAAUAAAAUAAAUAAUCGGUAAGAUCGCUUCAAAAUAGAACUAAUUGUCAUCGAACUACAAUCAUCGGGGAAAAAGGGUUAUAAUACUAAUUACUACUAGACUGAUAUAUAAGUAUAAUAAGUAAAAGUCAUUCCUCGUCUUCAACAUUUCAAGUGCAAUGCAAUAUAAUAAACUCAAAAGAUGAUUCUAGCGAUGAUUGAAUAUCUAUCGCCAUUUUUAUGAUUAAAUUUUAUUCUUAUACUUUUAAUAAAUUUAUCUUGUUGUCUUUGUUGAAUUUAUAAGAAAAGUAUCAGAUUGUUGUAUGGAAAUUCUAACAGUAUUCUUUUUUCUGUUUUUAGAGUAGAAAUACUUAAAAACUCCGGUUACUCUGCUGAGAUGAUCUUGCCACGUUUUCGAUAGCAAAGUAACAAUUGUCUUUCAAACGGUAUAUGUACGUAUACUUAUUGAUGCGAUAUUUUUAACGAAUAAUUACCAUCUAAUUUUAUUUAUCAAAAGAAUUAUGUAUUCAUGCGAUAAUUCAUUCAUCUAUUCAUCAAGUACGAGUUUGAUGGAUUUGUUUGUGAUAGUCAAAGAUUAUAUUUACAUGACAAGAUUAUAUUCAAAUCUGUAUAAAAAGUUGCGAAGAAAAACUUAUGCACAGAUAUUAAAGAUUCACAGCGAGAUUUCAUAAAUGUAGAAAUUGAGCAGAAACAUACUUGCCAAAAUGUUAUGGGUACAUGAUAGAUUUUAUGAUAAAAUUAGUCUUCUAUAUCAAUGAGAAUAAUUAGGAAGCAAUUUUCCGUUCUAUGUGACCGUCCGCUUGUCUUAAGUAUGGGUUAGAUGAUAUUUCAGUUCAUAGUUUUUAAACAGAUGGCCAAAUAAAUACCAUGUACUAUUUUUAAAUUAUCGUUUCAGGACAGUAAAAGCACAGAAUAACAUUUUAGAAAUGAUGACACAAAUGCUAUUUUCAAUAUUUUUUCCACGCAUAACUUUUGAACGAUGGUCAAUAGGGUGGUUUACCAAAAUAAUUAUUCAAAUAGCUUAACAAAAUAAUCUUUUUUUCAAAUUGAAGUUUUUAUCACGUAAGACUAAAUACAGUGAAUAAUAUAUACAUUAUAAAUCAAAUUUAUAGUCCACAGAUGGCUGGUUCCAUUAUUGUUCUUCUAAAAUUUUAUUAUUCAAAAUCUAUGAAUUAUAUACGAAUAUGUCGAUUUAUGGUUUAUUUCCAAUGACAGUGCGUAAUUUUAUUGCUAUAUUGAAUUAGUGAAACUUAACUUUAUUAUUUUAAUAAUAUUUCUACUUUGAAGAUCACAAAGCGAAAUAUUAAGGUUUAUUAAAGCAACUAAUUCACACAUAUAUACAUCAUACAUACAUAUGUGUGUGCGUGUGUACAUGUGUGUGUGUGUAUUAUGCAAUAUUAAACGUUUAAUCAGCCGGUAAGCCGGUAGGUAAAUUCUAAUUUUAUUUGGCAGAUAAAUAAAAAUGUACAAUAUAAAUCAGUACUUAAAAAUGAUUAACAAUUGCUUCACAAUAUUUCUACAAAUGAGACAUUCUGUUACCAUUCAAAGCUUUGAAAAUAUAUAAAUAACUCUCUUUAAAGA